GUGCGUUCUUGAUACCUUAUGUGAUCAUGCUAUGCGUGUGUGGAAUACCCUUGCUCUACAUGGAGCUUGCUGUCGGACAGUACACGCGCCUCGGACCGAUCCAUGCUUUGCAGUCUAUAUGUCCGUUCUUUAAGGUCUAUAUGUCCGUGUGGAUCAAUGCAGCCCUGCAGAAUUUCCACUCUAUCGGCAUCGCGUUUGGCAGCAUGAUAGCGCUGGCCAGUUACAACGACUACCAUCACAACAUCAUCAAGGACACGCUGCUGAUCGCGUGCGUUAACGCAGGCACGAGCAUUCUUGCUGGCUUCGCCAUCUUUUCCAUCCUCGGCUUCAUCGCGACAAACCAGGACAGACCAAUCGAGGAGGUCGUCGCUCAAGCUGUGUACAUCUGCCUCGGCCUAGACACUCAGGUAGAUGACACGGGUAUACUGACGUACGUAGCUGUGUACAUCUGCCUCGGCCUUGACACUCAGGUAGGUGACACAGGUAUACUGACGUACGUAGCUGUGUACGUCUGCCUCGGCCUUGACACUCAGGUAGGCGACACAGGUAUACUGACGUACGUAGCUGUGUACGUCUGCCUCGGCCUUGACACUCAGGUAGAGGACACAGGUAUACUGACGUACGUAGCUGUGUACAUCUGGCUCGGCCUUGACACGCAGGUAGGCGACACAGGUAUACUGACGUACGUAGCUGUGUACAUCUGGCUCGGCCUUGACACGCAGGUAGAGGACACAGGUAUACUGACGUACGUAGCUGUGCUCAUCUGCCUCGGCCUAGACACUCAGGUGACAGGUAUGCUCAUCUGCCUCGGCCUAGACACUCAGUUCGCCAUGGUUGAGGUCGUCAUCACCACGCUAAAGGACAGCUUUCCGAGGUUGGCGCAGACGUGCCGCGGCGGCGGCCAGGUGGCGCUAGUAGUCGGAGUGUGCGCAGCCAUGUUUCUCCUCGGGAUCCCCUACAUAACACAGGGUGGUAUCUACUGGUUCAUGCUUAUUGAUUACUAUGGUGCCUCCCUGUCUCUACUGAUGCUCGCCUUCUGCGAGGUGGUGGCGAUCACGUGGAUCUAUGGUACGGAUAGACUAUCUGCUAAUGUAGAAGAAAUGACAGGUCGACCGGCACCAUUGUACUUCAAGCUAUGCUGGCGCUACCUAUCGCCUUUGCUAAUUCUGGUGGCGGGGGCAGGAAUCACAGAAGAGUCGUGCGGUGAUAAUCAUUAG